UUAUAAUUUACUAUAUUUACUAUAUUGGAACAACAUAUGAACGGCGACCUCAGCGUCUGUUCCUCGUCGUCCUCAUUAUUCUGCUUCGACUCCUCGGGCUCCGUGCAGGUAGACCACGACAGCCGCGCCACGGCCGCCGCCGACGCAGAUGCCGCGGAAACCCUAAGACGCGGGCCCAAAUCCAAAUCCGAGCGCUCCGGCCGAGGCGGAGGGAAAGAGAGCCUGUACAAAGGGAUGGGCGGGAAGGGCGGUUACGGCCCGCUCCGGGCGCCGGCUCACGUCCGGGCGUCGGCGCGAUUCGACUACCAGCCGGACGUGUGCGAGGACUACAAGGAGACGGGGUUCUGCGGGUACGGGGAGGCCUGCAAGUUCCUGCAGGACAGAGGCGAUUACAAGUCCGGAUGGCAGCUGGACAAGGAGUCAAGGAGUGGGACGACGCCAAGAAGGAGGCGACGGCAAUGCUCGGGCGGCGAGGGAGGGGACGAUGACGGCACCGACGGCACUGAUGCCGACGGCAACGGCGACGAGUUGCCCUUUGCUUGUUCCAUAUGUCGGCUGCCGUUUCGGGAUCCGGUCGUGACCAAGUGCAAGCACUACUUCUGCGGGAAUUGUGCGCUGAAGCUUUAUUCGAAGAACAAGAAGUGCUUUGUGUGCAACAAGCCAACCCUCGGCAUCUUCAGCACAGCUCAUGAGAUCAGGAAGAAGAUGGCGGCGCUUGAUCGGGGCAUCUAAGCUACUUGCUUUUCUAGUUUAUGUGGUGGCAUUUGUCUCUAUUUUGCUCUUAAUUUCGGCAAUCAUGAUGCUUCGAGGUUAACUAUCUCGUCCAAUACAAGAAAUUAUAAACUUGAAAACCUUUGUAUAGUUUUCGAUAUUCAUUUUUGGUCAUGUAAGGUAGCCUGUAUAACCAAAAAUGGGUGGUAGCAAGAUGUUUAUAAUGAAUAAUAGCAUGGCUAUUCUCUUACUGACUAUCGCUCUUGUACUGUAAAUUUAGAGUUAUGAUUCAUCUUUCUGCUGAUAUUUUAGUUGCUUAUUUUAUUUUUAAGCUAAAAGUAAGUGUCAUUCCAUUACUGCCCAAAUAGCUUGAUGAUAACCAAACGAAGUGGAGAAACAUAUGUUCAAAAAGUUAAUGUGGAAUAUAUAUUGUAGGUGCCUCAAAACUAAUUGGUUAGCCCCUAGUGACACGAGUAGAUAUUAAUUUUUCGAGUUUGCUGGCUAUUAGUGUUGCAUCGUCUCGUGAUUUACUUUACUCCCAUCACCUCUCUCUCAUUUGUUAACUUUUUUCAAAAAGCCAUGUUAGUCAAGGGAAUUAAGUUUGCCCCGCAUCCCCAACAGAGUUUAACAUUAAUAUCUUGAUUAACUAUUGAUCCUGCUGUUAUCUUUAUAAUUGCUCUAACCUUGCGAUGUCUAUUAUGGUGACGAUGAUGAUGACAGCGAUUUGCCCUUUGCUUGCUCCAUAUGUUGUCUGCCAUUUCAGGAUCUGGUCGUCACCAAGUGCAAGCACUAUUUCUGCGGGAAUUGUGUGUUGAUGGUAUCUAUUUGGAACCCUCUCAACAUGGCUCGGGAGGUCAGGGACGACCCCUUCUUCGUCCAGUUCCUCUUCUCCACCGAAUCCGCCUAUACAUACAGUAGGAGGGUCGACUUCGCCUGCCGCCGCCGCCACGCCGUCCAAAUAAUCCUUAACGUAAAGAAAAGAGAUCUCCAGGCUCUAAAGAAAUCUAAAACCCUCCCUUCAUUGUCGCCCUCUAAUUUCCCGAUGGACAUCUUCUCUAGGCCGGCCGUUGAUCUUGGCAUGCUGGACCCGUACGGCUGUUACCUCGCCAUCAACUACCUCGACAGAACCAUAUACAUUGUGGGUAAUAUCAACCACGUAGAUGAUGAGGUGCACGUCGUCGCCAGCUGCAUCUCCCUCGCUGCCAAGAUGACACAUUCUGACUACUCUGUCGCCAAUCUCUCCAGUGCGCUGGGGCCGCUAAUCGAGUCGGACGGAGGGAAUCAUCGAGAUGGAGAAGCUGGUCCUGAGCAUUUUGCGUUGGCGCAUGCGACCCAUCACUCCCAUGGCUUUCCUCGACUACUUUCUCUCCUUCCUCCGCCCGCCCUUCGAUAUCGACGUCCCCUUUCAUCGGCUCCAUUACCAACCAUGUGGUUCGGACAAUCCACGUUGCCCAACUCGAGUUGCGCUACAUGGAGUUCCCUCCGUCAGUAGUGGCGGCAGCGGCGCUGCUCACGGCCACCUCCGAUUUAUAUCCCGAUCGACUUCCUGCCUUUGAGUCCGCCAUUUUCGAAUGUGCCUUCUGGAGACUAUCUCAUUCGGUUACGCCACUUACUAUCUCAAUCGGACACCUACCACGCCUCGAAGAGUUCUAAUGUUCGAAACUGAAUGCCACAAUGAUACUUCUACGUCUCUUCUUUCAGUGUUUGAGAUUUCCUUGUAAACAUUAAGAAAACAAGAGCCUUUUUUUCUUUUUCUUUUUUUUGGUUGAAUUGUUGUGUUGGCGGAGUCCAACUUUCUGCUGUGUUUGAGAUCAAAUGCACUGGCUGGGUUCAGUGACCAAUUCUGCCAUCCCUGAGCUGAAAUGGAGGAGAAAAAGAAAAGGCAAGCAAAAACAUUUUUUCAGGAGAAAGUGUCCAUGCAGAGGAAUGAGAUGGCCAUUUAUUCUUUCUUAAUUUUGUCACUUCUUUAAAAGAACACCAUAAAUGUGGAUUAAGGAAAAGUAUUGGAGUCUGUUACUGUUUUUUCACCCCAAUUUGAGCCUGUUACCCUAUUAUAGCGCUAGUUCUUUCUUAAUUUGUCGCUUGUUUCAAAGAAUACCUACCCAUAGCAUUCUUUUCUCCCUUUUCCUUGAAUCUCUCACUUGUUAUGAAGAAGAAUUAUUAGUAUCUUUUUUAUUAUAUUCAGGCGAAGCUGUUGGGGUGCUUGUGGUUGAUGAAGACGUACCCUCCACCGAUUAGAUGAGAUUGCCAGCGGAUGGGAGUUACGUACUGUGGCCGGCCGGAAGAAUUAACCAACACAAGGGAUAAAGGCUUAUAAUAGUUGAGGAAAUGUAAUGCUACGUAGCUUAUUGACGAAUUGUAAUACUAUGUAAGCUUAGAGGAACACUAGAUAGAGGAUACCUGCAUAUUGUAUAGGCCAUUGGACUGUGUAACGCAAACAGAGGAACAGAUGUAGAACAGUUAUUGAAAGGUAUACUACUGCUUGAUUUUGCAUCAAAAAA